UGGCAUUCAAUGUCAAAACGUCGCAGCAAUGCUACAAAAUCAAUUACACACGCUCACAACGACACUGAUAGCGCAUGUAUUCAAAAAUGAACCGUUUGAACCUGAGAAUUGUGCGAAUAGGCAAAUCAAUGAUGAUAUGAAUGGACGAAAAAUGAAAUGAACUAUCUAUCGUGUAGUGUGUAUAUGCGUUUCUGUCGCACACAUCUGUUGGCGUUUGUCAUUAUUGAACUGGAAACAUCUUUUUGUUGCUUUGCAUUCGACUUGACUGAUAACAUGUACGGAUAGACGCAUCACGGGAUUACGUAGAAUAUCAGCUUUGACAGCACUUCAACGUCGCGGAUACUAUGACAAUGUGCAAAAACGAUAUUUGGCCACCGUCAAAGAAGUGUUUCCACACAAAACUGACUUCCCCAGUCGUCACAUUGGGCCGAGGAAAACUGAAGUUGUUGCCAUGUUAGACUAUAUCGGAUAUAAGUCAUUAGACGAGCUAACCGAUAGAGCCGUUCCGAAACAUAUUCAACUACGGCGUGAUUUGAAGCUCGACGAACCAUUUAAUGAACAUGAGUUGAUAGAUAGAGCACGCGAAAUCGCACAGAUGAACCAAAUAUGGCGAAGCUACAUUGGAAUGGGAUAUCACAAUUGCUAUGUGCCGCACACAAUCAUGAGAAAUAUCUUUGAGAAUCCAGGAUGGACAACUCAAUAUACUCCAUAUCAACCGGAAAUAUCUCAAGGUCGUCUCGAAUCAUUGUUGAAUUAUCAAACUAUGGUUUCGGAGAUAACCGGAUUGGAUGUUGCUAAUGCAUCGCUUCUUGAUGAAGGAACGGCCGCUGCAGAAGCCAUGACUCUGUGCACCCGUCACAAUCGACGCAAAAAACUGUACAUUUCAGACCGAAUUCAUCCACAAACACUUGAAUGCAUUCGCACACGAACCGAUGCCUUGGGAUUGGAAUUGAUCGUCGGGCCGAUUGAUCAGUGCAACUUGGAAAGUCGUGAAAUUUCCGGCAUUUUGAUUCAAUACCCAGACACAUGCGGAAACGUUGAAGAUUAUACAGAGAUUGCAAAGACGGCAAACAAAAACGGGACAUUGGUUGUAGUAGCAACGGAUCUUAUGGCGUUGACAAUAUUGCGUCCACCAGCGGAGUUUGGUGCUGAUAUCGCCAUUGGUAAUUCGCAGAGAUUCGGUGUUCCGUUGGGUUAUGGAGGUCCUCAUGCAGCGUUCUUCGCUUGCAAGCAAACACUGGUACGUUUGAUGCCCGGCCGUAUGGUUGGUGUCACUCGAGAUCUAGACGGUUUCGAUGCUUAUCGAUUGGCAUUGCAAACUCGUGAACAGCAUAUUCGUAGGGACAAGGCCACAAGUAACAUUUGCACAGCACAAGCUUUAUUGGCCAACAUGUCAGCUAUGUACGCCGUUUAUCACGGAUCUGAGGGCUUGAAGGAAAUUGCCAACAAAAUCCACUCCUCGACUCUCACUCUGAACCAAGGUCUCAUUAAUGCUGGUCAUAAAUCAUUGAAUCCAGCAUUCUUUGAUACUCUGCACAUCAAACCGGUCAAUGUGAGCAUCGACGAAAUUAAAUCAGCCGCAGAGGCUAAGGAAAUUAAUUUGAGAUACUUCAAUGAUGGCACUGUUGGUAUUGCUCUCGAUGAAACUGUUAGACCCAAAGAUUUGGAUGAUUUAUUGGAAGUUUUCCGUGCAAAAGAUUUAAAAACGGUUCUUGACACAUAUGACACGAGCAAAGACAACAUUUCUAAAUCGAGUUUCAGACGAACAUCACCAUUUUUAACACAUCCAGUGUUCAGUAGCCAUCACAGCGAAACCAGAAUGGUUCGUUACAUGAAAAAAUUGGAAAACAAAGACAUUUCAUUGGUGCAUUCGAUGAUUCCGCUCGGAUCGUGCACAAUGAAAUUGAACUCAACCACUGAAAUGAUACCAUGCUCAUAUCGCCAUUUUUCCGAUGUACAUCCAUUUGCACCUGACUCUCAAACCAAAGGCUAUCAAACGCUAUUCAGAGAAUUGGAAAAAGAUUUGUGUGAAAUUACUGGAUACGAUUACAUUUCGUUGCAACCAAACAGCGGUGCUCAGGGUGAAUACGCUGGAUUGAGAGCCAUUCGAUCGUAUCAUGAAGGAAGAAACGAAGCCCAUCGUAACGUUUGCUUGAUUCCGAUCAGUGCUCACGGCACUAACCCAGCCUCAGCCCAAAUGGCCGGCAUGAAAAUUGAACCGAUUCGAGUUAACUCAUCCGAUGGCAGCAUCGACCUGGCUCAUUUGAAAGAAAAGGUGGAGGAACACACGAAUGAUUUGUCUUGCUUGAUGAUCACCUACCCAUCGACGAACGGAAUUUUCGAUGAAACUGUAGUGGAUAUUUGCGAUUUGAUUCACAAACACGGUGGCCAAGUUUAUUUGGAUGGUGCCAAUAUGAAUGCUCAAGUCGGUUUGUGCAGACCAGGAGAUUUCGGAAGUGAUGUUUCGCAUUUGAAUCUUCACAAAACAUUCUGUAUUCCACACGGUGGCGGUGGACCUGGAAUGGGCCCGAUCGGUGUGAAGCGCCAUUUGGCUCCAUAUUUGCCAACACAUCCAGUCAAUGAUCCAUACGAUCACAUGGAUGUGCCAAACAAGAGUUACGGUGUUGUGAGUGCCGCCCCAUACGGUAGUGCAGCCAUUUUGCCAAUUUCCUGGGCUUACAUCAAGAUGAUGGGAACUCGUGGUUUAAAACGAGCCACUCAAAUUGCCAUCCUCAAUGCAAAUUACAUGUCCAAACGUUUGGGUGAACACUACCGAACAUUGUUCCGAGAGGGCGAAGGACUAGUUGCACACGAGUUCAUCAUCGAUAUUCGUGACUUCAAGAAAACAGCAAACGUGGAGGCCAUCGAUGUGGCCAAACGUUUGAUGGACUAUGGUUUCCAUUCACCGACAAUGUCAUGGCCUGUAGCCGGAACAUUGAUGGUUGAACCCACCGAAUCGGAAGACAAGCUGGAGCUUGAUCGAUUCUGCGAUUCGAUGAUUUCGAUUCGUGAAGAAAUUCGUCAGAUUGAAGAAGGAAAAUUGGAUAAAGCCAUAAAUCCAUUGAAAAUGGCACCACACACUCAAUCACAAGUGAUUUCUGGCGAAUGGAACCGACCAUACUCAAGACAGUUGGCUGCAUUCCCGGCGUCAUUUGUGAAGCCAGACGCAAAGAUUUGGCCAACAGUCGGUCGAAUUGAUGAUGUUUUCGGAGACAAGCACUUGAUUUGCACUUGCCCACCGAUUUUGCCAGAUUUCAACGUUGAUUAAAUCCAAUCAAAUUCAUUCCAUACCGAAUUUUGUACGAAUAAUUUGCUUUUCAUUCAUCAUAUUAAAUAUAUUUUUCUUUGAGGAAAUUAAAUUCAAUUUUAUACAAAUCAA